ACCUGUGAGGAUCCGUUGGCCUGAGUGAAGCUUCUGUCAGUGUCCACCAUGUUGCAACAUGUAGCUCAAUGUUUGGCAGGUCAAAAGGUGAAUGAACCUCUCAUCCCCGCCGUUCUCUUCUUCUUGUCUUUAACGUCUACGCUUUUUCACUCCACAGGAACUACUUUUCUCACGCUCUUCCAAAGUCAUGUUCUGCCAUCUGCUCCGUGCUGUGUUCGAGGACACACGGCCAGUCGUUUUACUCGGCGUCCUGCCUUCUUUAUACAAGCGUGGAUCAAAGUUCCCUGCGAUAAAGCGAACAGACUGCAGUGUGUUUAUGGCGCUGCAGCUGUUAGAUAGGUAGAGCACAGAGCGGACCAAAGACAACGGGGUCAUAUGGAAAGAAGGUUUGCAGCUGAAUCGAGACAUGAGCAGACUCUACUCGGUGCAGCUGGACCCGACUGGUCCAGGGACUGAGGCCAAAGAGUGUGUGUCCGAGGUGAUGAGAGAUGGAGGAGACGACAGGACGGAACCUCGCUGCUGUCUCAGUGUCAGCAAGAUAUCAUACUCUGUCAGCGAGCGUGUGGGGCCCUGGUGGGACUUGCCCUCCUACAGGAAGCGAUGGACUCGUCAGAUCCUUAACGACGUCUCCUUCCAUGUGGACAGCGGGCAGAUUAUGGGCAUCCUGGGCAACUCCGGUUCCGGAAAGACAACGUUGUUGGACGCCAUCUCAGGGAGGAUCGGAAACUCUGGGACACUGUCGGGUGAAGUAUUUGUUAACGGGAGGAAACUAGCGAGAGAGGAGUACCAGGAUUGUUUCUCUUACGUGCUGCAGAGUGACAACCUGCUGAGUUAUCUGACAGUGGAGGAGACUUUGACCUACACUGCCCAGCUGGCUCUCAGAAAACACUCUGCUAAAGCCAUACACAAAAAGGUGUCAGCAGUGAUGGCCGAGCUGAGUUUGAGUCAUGUGGCCCACAGCGUCAUCGGAGGCCGCAUCUUCCCGGGAAUAUCUGGAGGCGAGAGAAGGAGGGUCUCCAUCGCCAGCCAGCUCCUACAGGACCCCCGAGUGAUCCUAUUGGACGAGCCCACCACAGGCCUGGACAGCAUGACGGCCAAUCAGAUUGUGGUGCUGCUGGCCGAGCUGGCCCGCAGGAACCGCAUCGUCAUCGUCACCAUCCACCAACCUCGCUCUGAACUUUUCAGGGUGUUCAGCAGGAUCGCCGUGAUGAGUCGUGGCGAGUUGGUCUUCUGUGGACAACCAGAGGAGAUGGUGGACUUCUUCAGCCAGUGUGGAUACGAGUGCCCCGAAUACUGCAACCCCUUUGACAUCUAUGUGGACUUCACUUCGGUGGACACACGGAGCAGCGAGCGCGAGGCGGCCACCUUCAGCCGCAUGCACGAGAUCACGUGCUCCUACCAGAGGUCGGCCAUCUACAGGCACAUGCUGGGGAAGAUGACGCAGAGCCUGCAGAGGCACGACAAGGCCGCCAUUCCUUUUAAGAGCAAAGAGUCGCCCGGCAGCGGCGCCAAGCUGGGCGUGCUGCUCAGGCGGACUAUGCGGAACCUGUCCAGAGACCGCAUGGGGGUCCUCAUGCGUCUGUCCCAGAACUUGAUCUACGGCCUCUUUGUGGCCUUCUUCGUCAUGCAUCUCGACAUGGACGUCGCCAAGGGAGCCGUGCAAGAUCGCAUCGGCAUCAUCUACCAGAGCGUCGGAGCCUCGCCAUACACGGGAAUGCUGAACGCCGUCGCUUUGUUUCCUGCCCUGAGAGCCAUCGGUGACCAGGAGAGUCAGGAUGGACUGUACAGUAAAUGGCAGAUGUUCCUGGCCUACAUCUUCCACAUCCUGCCAUUUAGUGUCGUCAGUGUCUUCAUCUUCACUUCUUUUCUCUACUGGACUGUGGGGAUGCACCCUGAGACUUGGCGCUUCUUCAGUUUUACUGCCGUGGUUAUGGUUCCUCACAUUAUAGGCGAACUGCUGACUGUGGUUUUGUUGGGAGUGGUCCAAGACCCAAACAUGGUGAACACUGGAGUGGCUCUGCUCAACAUAGCAGGGAUCUUAGUGGGCUCUGGUUUCCUACGAAGUAUGGCACAGAUGCCGACUGUGUUCCAAUGGCUGAGCUACUUGACGUUCCAGAAGUACAGCUGUGAGCUCCUCAUCGUCACAGAGUUUCACGAUCUUCACUUCACAUGCAAUCAUUCCAGACCUUUCCCAGGAGACUGUCUCAUCACUCAGGGCAAUCAGAUCAUCGAUGAAGGCUACCCUGGGGCUCUGUCCCGCUACACUCUGGACUUUGUCCUGCUGUACACCUUCCUUCCUGCACUAAUACUGCUGGGCAUAGUGAGCUUCAAGAUCAGAGACAGACUGGUGCUCCACUGACCGCUUCUUUUAACAGCACUGGACAUAACUGUAGGUACGCCUGCCUGAUAUAAAAAAAAAUCUGCAUUUACAAAGAUAUUAAUUAAUGUGAUUGUGUACAUGUCUCAUUUGCACUAACGUAAUUUCUUCUGUAAAUAAUACAAGCAUAAGUUAAUGUUUUUGAACCCUCAGAAAUGACUGUUGCAAUUUAUAAACAAAUACAAAUGUAACUGUAAAGGUUUAUUCUUCAAUAUACAGUACAGUACUUACAGUGUGCUAAAAAAGGUACACAAAAGUAAU